AGAAGCAGGAAGGGAGAAAGAGGCUUUCAGGAGAAAGCCAGGGAGCCAACAACACCCUUGUGACAGGAUUACAAGUCUAUAGAUUCCCAGUGGUCCAGGCUGAUAGAUGAGAGGAGCAAUUUAGGAGCUGUUUGCGACUGAGUUGAAACAUUUCUGCAGAAACACGUUUGGCUAAGGAGCCAUGGAGCCAGGAGAGAAGCAUUCUCAGCAGAUAAGGCAAGUACUGCUUUUCUUUGUUUUCCUCGGAGGGUCUUUGGUGUGCUCAGAGCCCUGGCGUUACUCUGUGGCAGAGGAAUUGGAGAUUGGAUCCUUUAUAGCCAAUGUAGUGAAAGACAGAGGUUUGAGUGUGGAAGACUUGGUUGCACGGGCGGUGAGAGUCAUCUUUGACGACUAUAAACCAUAUUUACAGUUGGAUCAGCAGAGUGGCAACUUGCUCUUAAAUGAGCAACUGGAUCGGGAGGCACUUUGCCAUCUCACAGAGCCGUGUAUAUUGCAUUUCCAGGUAUUAUUUGAAAAUCCUUUACAAUUUUUUCGGGCUGAACUUUGGGUUAAAGACAUAAAUGAUCAUAUUCCUACAUUCCUAGACAAACACAUACUUCUGAAAAUCUCAGAAGGUACUGCUCCAGGAACCUCAUUCCAAAUGGACAGUGCUCAGGACUUGGAUGUAGGAAAGAAUGGUGUCCAAAACUACACAUUAAGUCCCAAUCCUUAUUUCCGCCUUAAAGUACAAGACAGUGAUGAUGGCAAAAAAUACCCAGAGCUGUUACUGGACCAAUCUCUGGAUCGAGAAAAGGAGCCUGAGCUUAAAUUAAAGCUAACAGCCUUGGAUGGCGGGUCUCCACCCAGGUCUGGAACUACACUGGUUCGUGUUUUGGUUUUAGAUAUCAAUGACAAUGCUCCAGAGUUUGAAAGGCCUGUCUAUGAGGUUCAGAUGCCAGAAAACAGCCCUGUGGACUCCUUGGUCGUCAGGGUGUCUGCUACAGAUUUGGAUGCCGGAAUAUAUGGAGAACUAUCUUACUCAUUUUCCCACGUCUCUACAGACAUACGGAAAACAUUUGAAAUCCAUCCAAUUUCUGGUGAAAUCCAUUUAAAAGCCCUUCUGGAUUUUGAGUUAAUUCAAUCAUAUACAAUAAAUAUUCAGGCCACUGAUGGGGGUAGUCUUUCUGGAAAAGCAGCAAUCUUAGUUCAGGUUGUGGAUGUGAAUGACAACCCACCAGAAAUACUCAUGACAUCUCUUACCAGCCCCAUUCCUGAAAAUUCGUCCCCUGAAAUGGUGGUAGCGGUUUUUAGCUUACGAGACCAGGAUGCUGGAAAUAACGGGAGGAUGGUAUGCUCCAUUCAGGAUGACCUUCCCUUUCUCUUGAGGCCUACCUUCAAGAAUUUCUACACCCUGGUAACAGAGAGCCCCCUCGACAGAGAGAGCCAGGCGGAGUACAACAUCACCAUCACCGUCAGUGACUUGGGGACCCCCAGGCUGAAGACCCAGCACAACAUCACCGUGACGGUCUCCGACGUCAACGACAACGCCCCCGCCUUCAGCCAGACCACCUACACCCUGCGCGUCCGCGAGAACAACAGCCCCGCCCUGCACAUCGGCACCGUGAGCGCCACCGACAGGGACGCGGGCGCCAACGCCCAGGUCACCUACUCGCUGCUGCCGCCCCGGGACCCGCACCUGCCGCUCGCCUCGCUGGUGUCCAUCAACGCGGACAACGGGCAGCUGUUCGCGCUCAGGUCCCUGGAUUACGAGGCGCUGCAGGCCUUCGAGGUCCGCGUGGGCGCGGCCGACCGCGGCUCGCCCGCGCUGAGCAGCCAGGCGCUGGUGCGCGUGCUGGUGCUGGACGACAACGACAACGCGCCCUUCGUGCUGUACCCGCUGCAGAACGGCUCUGCGCCCUGCACCGAGCUGGUGCCGCGGGCGGCCGACGCGGGCUACCUGGUGACCAAGGUGGUGGCGGUGGACGGCGACGCGGGCCAGAACGCCUGGCUGUCGUUCCAGCUGCUCAAGGCCACGGAGCCCGGGCUGUUCGGCGUGUGGGCGCACAACGGCGAGGUGCGCACGGCCCGGCUGCUGAGCGAGCGCGACGCGGUCAAGCACAGGCUGCUGGUGCUGGUCAAGGACAAUGGCGAGCCGCCGCUGUCGGCCAGCGUCACGCUGCACGUGCUGCUGGUGGACGGCUUCUCGCAGCCCUACCUGCCGCUGCCGGACGUGGCGGCGGCCGAGGCCCGGGCCGACCCGCUCACCGUCUACCUGGUCAUCGCCUUGGCGUCCGUGUCGUCGCUCUUCCUGUGCUCGGCGCUGGCGUUCGUGGCGGUGCGGCUGUGCAGGAGGAGCGGGGCGGCGUCGGGGGGUGGCUGCGCGGUGCCCGAGGGCCACUUUCCGGGCCACCUGGUGGACGUCAGCGGCGCGGGGACCCUGUCCCAGAGCUACCAGUACGAGGUGUGUCUGACGGGAGGCUCAGGGACCAGCGAGUUCAAGUUUCUUAAACCUGCUAUCCCCAACCUUCCUCCCCAGGAAUGUAAGAUGGAAGAAAGCCACACUUUUAAGAAUAGCAUUGAGUUCAUUUAGGGGUUUGAUUAUUGUGCAGAGCUUUUAGAAUCAAUGCUGUUUCUUUGUAAAAUGCAUUCAUUGUAAUGUAAAAUUCUUUGUUUUGGGUAACUUCCUUUUACCUGCGAGUUUUCAGUUUGCUUUUUUUUUUUUUUUUAAGAUUUCAUUUAUUCAUGAGACAAGGGGUGAGAGGCAGAAACACAGGUGGAGGGAGAAACAGGUUCCUUAUAGGGAGCCUGAUGUGGGACUGGAUCCCGGGAUCAUGACCUGAACCUAAGGCAGACGUUCAAGCACUGAGCCACCCAGGUGCCCAGUUUUCAGAAGUUUUAAUAAUUUGUUUUCUGCCCUUUUAAUAUUAACUGCAACCUCACAUAAUUUAUUCAAAUAUACAGCAUUUUCCCUUCAAGCUUAAUGGCACACUGGGCUCAAUCAUAUUCUUUGGGUGUUCUGAGCUCUAGGUCCUCUCAAUGAAACAGUUUCUAUAUGUUUGAUAGAGGAAAAAGCCUGGUAUAAAUAAAAACCACGCAUGGUUUCUAAGAUACUGUCUUAGAUUUUUUAAAAAAGCAUAAUCAAUCUUGCCAUUCUACUUUUCUGACAAAUAUUUCAGAGUAAUUUUUCUGCAUUUAGGUAUUUUUCUUUGAAAAUAUUUUGAGAACUGUAUAUAUGGCUGGUAGAUGUUGUGUUAAAAUAAAUUCUAAUCUUGUUUGGGUUAAGAUAUAUAUCCAACCACACUUCUUAUCUGAGAACUUCCUCAGACUUCUCAAGGGAAAUAAUCACUGCUGAGAUGUUUAUUAUACUUUUCUUUACCUCUCUUGGCCAUUUUUGAUUGACCUAAGUAAUGGAUUCCUGAUUAAAGUAGGAAUCGUCAUAUUCUCCAAGUUCCUAAAUUUGUAAUAAUGAUGUAGUUCAUCUGUUUUUUUCUUGAUUGCUUGCAACUAGGAAAUAAAUAUUAAGUAUGGGCUAAGGUAGCCAUGUUUAAACUUGUGUAGGUUGACGGCACAAAAUGGCAAGCAGAGAGGGAGGAAAUAAUGGAGGAAUGGAAGGAAAGUGAGAAGAAAUAAGGGGGUGGUGGAGGCAGAAGCCUAAGAAACAGAAGAGACUAAGAGCCACUUGGUUGUAGACCUGUCAGUUCUUAAUUCCACUGUUCCUAAGUCCCUAUUAUCUAAUUGUUCUUGAGCUCUACGGUAAAACUCCACAGUUUCCUAAAAAUUAACUCCUUUAUUUAACUUAUCUUGGGAAGAGUAGCUUUCUUGAAACCAAAAGUGACAGGAAAGAUGCAUGCAAUCUUGAGUAUUCAAUUAGACUAUUAACCAUAAAACCUAGGUCUUUUAUUGCAGGCUUUUGAUAUUAAUGCAAUCAAUGAAUGUAAUAAAAAUGUACAAGCUUAGAGAUAACUAAUCUAUACUAGAGAAUUUUGUGACAAAACUUAAUUUUGUAGACAAUUUCUGAGCUCUUUCAACAAAAAGAUAUUACAAAAGGUUUUAUGGAAUAUUUUGUUAACAAGUUUCCCUCCAUUUAUUUUAUGUGCUCCAGGAUUAGUUUGAAAAAGUAUCACUGAAAAAAAAAGUAACACUGAAAUUGUUAUUGUUUGGAUGUCUAUACAUCAUACCUUCCUUAUCAUCUCUUUCUUUCAAAAAUAACUGAGUUCAGUGUGAACAAAAUAAUUUUAUCAUCUAAUGUAAAAUCUUCAGGACCUAUAAAUAAUCCAAUUUAUAGAUCAUAUGGGUUAAUUCAUGAUUUCAUUAAUAGUAAUUUUAUUGACACAUACUCUAUUACCAGUAUCCUCAGGAAAAAAUUCAAGCUUCCUGCCAAGUAUAUGAGCUUAAAAUUUUCUCCUUAGAAAAUAAAGAGAAAAUUUAUCUGAGAGAUGCAAAUUGGAAUGAAAAACUUAGUUUGAUCCAUUCACUUACUGACAUAGGAACCAGCUUCUGUCUAUUAAUAUUUCUAAAAGUAUAUGGACAUUAAGGGCACAUUUUCUUGGACAUUUGAUUCCACAAUAAAGAGUCUGAUCCAUGACCAACAUAUUUCUAUAAGGAAAUUAUCUAUUAAAUUUUAACUGUCAGCAGUAUGUUCUCAUAUUUUGAGUUUACAUAAUCAGUUUCACUGUGUAUAGGAAAACAUUCUAUUUUUUUAAAAGAUAUUUUAUUUAUUUAUUCAUGAGAGACACAGAGAGAGAGAGAGGGGGGCAGAGACACAGGCAG